CCGGUCACGCCUCCUUAAAUCUAAUGAGUUAGCUACGGUAAGUGGUGUAUGAUGAACAAAUGUGUCUCUCUCGCCUCCUGAUCUUCCCCGUCUGUCCCCUCUACUCUACCGAAGACAAGGGCCUUAUUGUGCAAAAGGGAAAUCAUAGGACUCACAUGCUUUGGAGGAGUGAGAAAGUGAGUGAUCACAGCAAAGGACAGGGUUGUUCAGAAGAAAGAGAACAAGGCAGGGGAGCGGAGUGAAGUCUUCUUCAGCUGGAAAAAGGACCUCAGAACUAGAUUGGAUCAGACCGGACAGGAUACCUGAACAUGGAGAAUGGCAAAACAGAAGUAGAAGACACGACAGCAGGCAUGUCCGAAGGUAAAAAGGGUCGUGCUGAAGCUGCGACUAACCGCGGUGACGGUAAAGAAGAAAAUGUUGAGGAGGCUAACCUAGAGAUCGCUCAGCUGCAGGGCCUGGUGGCCGAGCUACGCGAGGGGCUCCAUGCUGCCCUGACGGAGCUGUACGAGCUGCGUCAGAGGGACCAUGGCCUGGAGGAGAAACUCCAGGCCCAUCAGACUGACGUGGAUGAUAAGAUAAUGGGCCUCAAGAACUCCCUCAACACUUUCAAGGAGGAGCUGAAUGUGGCGUUGUUCCACAUAAAGGAUGUUUCCAGCAGACAGAGAGAGGUGCAGAAGAGGAUAGAGCUGUUGCAGUCAGAAAACGCCAAAGACGUCAUCUCUGUUCCACACAGAAAAGGCUCGAAGGCAGAUGUGCUGAUGGCAUCAGGAGAUGAACACAUCUGUGUGCCCAGCCAGUCAGACCUCAGUGUUAUUCAACACUUCUUCUCCAGCCUGCCGCACAGCGGGUCGCCACAGAGGAGCAACACCACAUCGACCUCUACCUCUGAGCAGGAUGUUCAGCAGCAGCAGAGAGGUUGUCGGUCCAAAUCUCCAGCAUGGGGAGAGAGGAAGAACAGCAGAGACGACACAGAGACGCCCAACAGCCCGACUGAAAACAGUAAGAGGCAGAGAGUGGCUCUGGAGCUGCUGGAGUCCGAGAGAGUUUAUGUGUCCCACCUGUCUCUGUUACUGAAGGCCAACAUCUCCUUUAACGGAUCCGAGGCGCUCACUACCAAAGACAAACGUCCGUUUCCCAGCUCUCUGAGGUUUCUAAUCCAGCAGCAUCUCGAGCUCCUCCACACUCUCCAGGAACGUGUGCUCAAGUGCCAGUGGCAAGGCAUCAUGGGGGAUGUGUUUAUGAGGCUCACCAGCAAAGAGAGUGAUUUCUUGGACUUUUAUGUGUCGUACCUGAAGGAGCUUCCAGAUUGUCUUUCAGUCGUCACCAUGCUCGCCUCCAGCUCCAUGAAAUCCUCUUCCUUCCUGGAGAGUGACAUAACAGGUGACGAGUCCAAACCCUCACUCCACACUUUGCUCCUUCAGCCGGUUCAGAGGGUCCCGGAGUACCUGCUGCUGCUACAGAAGUUGCUGAGGCAGACAGAGGCAGAGCACCCAGACUACUAUCUGCUGCUGGUGUGCAUCCAGCAGUUCAGGUCGUUUACAGCUCAGUACCACCACCUCCUCCAGCACAACCAGGAGCUACUACAGCACAACCACAAGGAGGUGAAAAGAUCUACCAUGAAACAGCUGUUAAAGACAGUGGAAAGCGGGAUUCAAGCCAACAACAUUGGCUCACCAUACCCUUGCAACAGUGCCAUGCUAGAACAUGCUAACCAGGUGAAGCGGAGCAAGCAGCGUCUCCUGGAGCAGAUCCAGUCUCAUCGUUUCCAGGAGUGGGACCGGGACCAGGAUCCCGAAAAUCAUUGUUACGACACAGAGUGGCCCUCUCAGCUCCCAUUCUACAGCUCUGACUUGGACUCCCGGAAUCAAAAACCAACAGGUCUUGGCAGUAUCCCAGAGAGUGAGGCAUCUCAAAGGUCCAUGUCGUGCCAGCAUCAGCUGCCCUCCAGAUCUGCAGACUUCCGUCAGGUUCAACCAGGCUCUGCACUGGCUGAUGCCCUUGGUGAAUUCCUUCUCCCUCCAGACCCCCCAGGGAUAGAGAGCCUCUAUGAAGAGGAUGGAGGAUCAUUUCAUGAUGUCUCCAUGUUCGACCGCUGUUCCUCUGCCUCUUCAGAUUCCUCCAUCGACAUUGCCUUUGUGAAGUGCCCCAAAGCGCCCUUAGUGUCACAUCAUGCAAUGGCAGCGAACGUGUCAAACACCCGUGAUGUCUUUGGCAACGGUGGAAGCCAGGGGACUGGUUACAGCAAACUGCCUAACAGAGGGUGCGUAUCUCCAGAUGAAGCUGUAAUGAUGCGCCGCAAUCAGCAUCGCCCCCUUCAGGCCAGCCAGCGUAAGAGCAAGUCACUGAAUGGCUUGCAAAUGGAGUGCAACACAGUAAGUGGUCUGGAUGGCGGACAUCUAUCGGACCAUCUCCAUAAGGUGGGACUGGGCAGCCACGCCAAGCUGGAGCGCCAGGGCAGUAAAGGCAGCAAAGGGUGUCCCACCCCAUCCCGUAAGAUCCACAGCCCCCUGGGGAACAGAGUGGAUACGGACAAACAGAGCGACGAUCUUCAUGGGCUGCUCAGCAUUGACUCCGGUUUCCAAUCAUGGGGAGACGAGUCAAAGUGGAGGGGCGGGACGGAGGAGAAUAACCACACCCCCUUCAGCGAAAGGAGUCGGAAGCAGGACAAAGGAGGCUUCAGGAGCUCGUUCAAGAAACUCUUCAAGAAGAAGAGCGGCGAUGAGAAGAAAGAGAAGGGAGGUGAGAAAACACCAGAAAACCAGAACAACGUUGAACAUGAGACGGCAGGGAAAACUCCCAAACUGGUACAUCUGGAGAUAAACCGUGGCACGGCUGUAUGAACACCACUCAAACACUGUCAUGGACUGAUCAAAUAUAAGGUGUAAUACAUGCAUGUUUAAGCGUACAUGCAAACAUAAGUUUUUUUACAUUCACAACUGCUGUAUAAAUGCUGUACAGGUGUAAGCUCAUUAGCCAAGCAACUUUUCCUCUAAUCAUUUCGAAGCGUAAGCGUCCUGCCCCACGCCUCCAUGCUGAGGUGAAGCACUUGUCAAGGCUGUAUGCCAUUUGUUCUUUAAAAACAACACUGAUGAUUGAACUCUUGCUCAUGUUUCGUGUUAGUUUUAGUAAUAAAAGGUUAAGGUAGCAAAUGUGGCUUGUAUCGCAUUUGUUUUUAUUCGAUUUAGAUUAAAUGUGACUUCAGUUAAACAUCAAUUUAAACUUUUGAGAGGACAUAAGUUGUAUACUAUGCAUCCCGACAUUGUAAAUAGCUCGGCUCUACCUCCAGUUUCAAGUUUUUCAAAUAACUAAAUCCUCUCUUUCAAGAUCAGGAUGUUUAAUUUAAACGUUUCCUAAACUCUACUGCUCUUAAAUUUAACUGAACUCGCUUUGACUGUGAUUUUUUUUAGGGGUUUUCCUCAAGUCAGUCCGCUUAACGUCUUAAGCCAUAACCAGAAAUUAUUAUUGAGCAUUUACUCAGGAGAACAAACGUUAAACUGUUGUUAUUUGUGUGUGUUUGUAUGGUUUGUAUGUAUGCAAUGAGCAUUUUGCUUAGGGUCAAUUAUUUCUAUGCAUUGAACAGAAUUGACCUGUUAAAAGAUGAAUGUGACAAUCAAAAAAAACAAAAACAUUAUUAAAUGUUGAAUAAAAGGUCCA